AUGAAAAGGGGAUUGACAAAACUAAACUUUCUGGCAGUCUUAAACCUCUCUCAGAAUCGUCUUGUUGGACCGAUUCCUCAAGGUCUACAAUUCGACACAUUUUCAAAUGACUCGUACGUUGGCAACCUUGAUUUAUGUGGUCUUCCUUUAUCAAAGCAAUGUGGAACGAGUAAUCCAUCGCAUGUUCCUCAACCAUUGGAGUCCGAAGAAGAAGAAGACGAGUCAUAUUUUGUUAGUGGAUUUACUUGGGAAUCAGUAGUCAUAGGCUACAGUUGUGAACUUGUUGUUGGAACUGUUGUGUGGAGCUUCAUGUUUAAAGGUGGUAAGCCUAAAUGGUUUGUGGAGUUUUUUGAAGGCAUCAUUCCCGACAAGAAGAUAAGGCCAAAGAAGAGAGCUCAGAGACGACGAACUUAA